AUGACCAAGCCAAACCUUAGUGACAUAGAGCGGAAAGCAGCCAUCGAUGAGCUUCUAUGGAUCAGUAUCAACGGUACACUGCCUCGGGGAACAUACGCAAAGGUUGCAACUGGUAUGGGGUGCGACCCGACCACUAUUAGCGCUAUCUGGAAUCGGUACGCUGCCACAGGUGACACAGGCGUCCGAGGAGGUGAAUGGAUAAGCAGGAUUAAGAAGAACAGCGGAAGAAAGCGAAAAAAUCGAGACGAAGUGCGCGAGAAGCUGGCUUCUGUCCCUAUCGAAGACAGGUCUGUUGAAAGGCGGGCUGCGGCCAGUGCCGGACUCUCCCGCUACAUGGUGCGGCAGGCAGUGAAGGAAGUCGUCCUUGCACGGCGGAUGCCGUUCGUCAAGCCAGCAUUGACGCCAAACAGCAAGCUAAGGCGCGUCGAGCAUGCCCUCUCUUUUGUAGAUGAUAGGACGCUGCAGUUCGAACCCAUGUAUAACAUGAGCAAGCGGUUCAUCCCUAAAACCAUGUUUUUGGCUGCAUUAGCGCGUCCACGGUACGACCCUCACCGGAAACAGGAAUGGGAUGGCAAGGGACUACUUGCUCGAGAAAGCGAUUCCUGUAAUCAAAGCAAAAUGGCGCAGGAAGGAAGCCAUCAAAUUAUCUUCGUACAACAAGAUAAUGCCAAGCCGCAUGUGCCACCAUCGGACCCAGCCAUCCUCACCGCUGGAAUAGAAGGUGGAUGGAACAUCAGACUGUUAUGUCAAGCGCCGAAUUCGCCAGAAUUCAAUGCGCUGGACCUGGGCGUCUUCAACUCGAUGCAGUGCAUUCAGCACCACAUCCCCAGGAAGGACACCAAGGCCCUCAUUGACUCGGUCGAAUCGGCGUUUCAGCAGCUGAAACCCCACACGGUGAAUGACAUCUUCCUCACGCUGCAGGCGUGCAUGCUUUGUAUCCUGCAAAACGAGGAGGGGUUGUAUAAACUCCCACAUUUAGGGAAAGCCAAACUCCGGACGAAAAAACGUAUUCCUGUCAGUCUAAACUGUAGUAGAGAGCUGUACGAAGCUGCAAUAGCAUUAUUGGCCUCGGCAAACCGGUGCAGUGCUUUACUGUAUGGCGCUUAA